GGCAAAUAAAUCAUCAAUCAAUUCUCAACUUCAGUACCUCCAAUACUUGAGCAGAGAAACCAAACUGUUGUAGUAAAAAUGAUUUUCAAACUCAUUAUCGUCGCUAUUGCCAUCAUCGGCAUUGCAGAAUCGAGACUGUGUAUUUGCGACGGACUUAAUUUUCGAGGCGGGAAAUGCAGUUCUGAUCCCUUCUGUUUAUUCGGCGACGAUAAAUACCCAACGAGUUCAUCUACACUGAAACAAUUGUUUCGGCUACUCGGACUUCAAGAUCCAUCCCAUUCAUUAACGCCCAGCUUGCGCGCCAAAUAUAUUCAAUUGCUGAAAUAUCUAAACCCGGCAUCAGGAUUUUCAAGUCUAAAUCCGUACAGCAGUAAUAUGUAUAAUGCAGUACUCACAAGGUUGUUUCCAGACGGUUAUUCGUGGGUGGAUGUGGACCAUUUGGGCGUGAUAACGCCAUUGCCAUUUGAUCUUGACAUGUUGCCCGCUGAUGGUAGUUGCAGUCCUGGUCGUCGUUACAGAAAGGGAUCGGAGAUUUGCCUGUGUAAUGACGGGAGCACGCCGUUCUGCUUCUAAAUUUUCACUCAAUAACAUGAAAAAAUGAUUGAAUUAAAAAACAUUGUAAACAUUUUAUGUAUUCGAAUUAAAAACUUUGGCAAAUGUAUUGCCCAUGUAUUUAAA